GUGGGCCCAUGCAAGCUACACCCGCGAACGAGAGAGAGCGAGAGAGAGAGGGAGAGGGCGCUAACAAUCUCAUAUUCUUCCCGGAAAAGAGAGAAAUCGAGAAAUGGGAAGAAGCGAGGAGAAAUCAAGGAAGCGGCACUCUCCUUCUAUCCCCUCCGAAGAUGAAAACAGAAGCAAGAAGCACAGAACGAGAGAUGACAGAGAGAGGAAGGGAGAGAAGAAGACGGAGAAGAAGAAGGACGAGAGGAAAGAAAAAGAUAAGAGCAAGAAAUCCCACAGAAGCUCCACAAAACGCGAAGAGAGAGGAAUGAAGUCUGAUGAUAAGCGCAACCGCAAACAUAGUAAAAGCAAUCGUUACACGGAUUUCAAAGAGCUGUCCAAUGAUGACUACUUCGCCAAGAACAAUGAGUUCUCAACCUGGUUGAAGGAAGAGAAAGGGUUGUUUUUCUCUGACCUCUCAUCUGAGGAUGCACGCAAGCUGUUCUCGGGCUUUGUCAAGGAUUGGAACAGCCAAAAGCUGCAAUCCCAUUACUAUGAAGGUAUCACAACUGGGCCUCGGUCAGCCCAUAACUGGAAAUUUAAGUAGUGUAUAUGAUAUAGGUGCAAUAGUUUCCUUCAAAGCUUGGAAAUGAUGUUCCUUUUGUUGUUCAUUCUGUGCACUUCCUUAUGUACUAAGCAUACCCCAAAUGCAGUUACAAUACAGAAAUCUCUUUCCUUA